AUUUUAACCUGUGCAGACCGGUUCUUUUAUAAUUAUUUAUUGGUGAAUCACUUACCUAGCGAUAUUCAUGUUAAUGGAAAAUACUGAAAUAAUUAUUAUUUUUAUUUUUAUUUUCUUAGUGCGAAUCAAAUCAUAAUUCAUAGUUGCCUCUACAGAAGCUUGACUUUACUGGAAAAAAAGUCGGCCGAAGACCACGAUAUACAAACAAUUGUGAUGCGAAGGAAUGUUUUAAGAAAAAAAAUUUUCCUUUCUUGGAAAUUAGGAUGGAGUGAUGUAUAUUGUACCCAUUGAAGAACAUGGCUGCUGCAGAAAAGUUUAUGUGGUGUUUGCUUCUAAUCCUCCAAUUCAGAUCAUGCACUUGUCUUGAUAAAAUUACAACAAACCAGACCUUCAAAGAAGGAAACCUUCUCGUCUCAGAGGGUAAUUACUUUGCAUUUGGGUUUUUCAGCCCUGGUAAAUCUACCAAUAGAUAUCUUGGGAUUUGGUUUCAUAAAGAUCCAGGAAAAUCUGUGGUAUGGGUAGCAAACAGGAACUAUCCUAUCAUUGGCUCCUCAGGUGCUCUCUCAAUCAGCCAACAUGGGAACCUUGUUCUUCAUAGCGAUCCUCACCAAAUGGUUCUAAUAUGGUCUACAAAUGUGACCGGGGCAGGUUCAGAUGUUUCUGUGCUUCAACUUCUGGAUACGGGAAAUUUGGUAUUGCUCCAAGGUACAAGUAAGAGAAUUGUGUGGCAGAGCUUUGAUUAUCCCACCAAUACCCUGCUAGCAGGGAUGAGAAUUGGGUUUAGUCGGAAAGCAGGACUGCAGUGGAAUCUAACUUCAUGGAGGUCAGAAAAUGACCCAGGUACCGGAGAUUAUACGAUAGAGUUAGACACAAGAGGCUCACCACAGUUUGUUGUGUACAAGGGCUCAAGACUCUAUUGGCGAGGCACCCCAUGGCCAUGGAGAAAAUUCUCAGAUAUAUACAAUUAUACUCUUGUUACUAAUGAAGAUGAAACGUACUAUUUCUACUCUAUGUUUGAUGAUUCUUUUUUCUUGAGAUCAAUGAUUUGGGAUUCAGGACUUAUAAAGGUGCUAAGGUUGCAUAAGAGCGAAGACCAGUGGAAGGAGAUGUGGUCUGCACCUGAAUAUCGGUGCGAUUUGUAUGGAAAAUGCGGUGCUUCGAGUAAGUGUGCUCCUAGUAAUCCUGAUAAAUUUGAGUGUUCUUGUUUACCUGGGUAUGCACCCAAGUAUCCAAGGGACUGGCAACUGAGAGAUGCAUCAGGAGGGUGCGUCAGGAAGCGAGAAGAUCCUUCUUUACUCUGUGGACAUGGAGAAGGAUUUGUUAAAGUGGAAAAUGUCAAGCUUCCUGAUACAUCAAUUGCAGUUUGGGUAGACUUGAAAACGAGUCACAUGGGCUGUGAACAGGAAUGCAAGAAGAAUUGCUCAUGCUCUGCAUAUGCAAGUAUAGAUGUUGCUGGGAAAGGAAGUGGUUGUUUGGCUUGGUAUGGACAAUUAUGGGACACAGUAGAUCACGUAUAUGAACCAUACGAUCUAUAUGUUCGUGUUGAUGCAGUUGAAUUAGCUGAGAAUGCAAGAACAUCAACUGCUUUUCAUAGAAAGGAGCUAAAAAUUCUUAUAUUGUCCAUUGCUUCAGCAUGGUUUACUCUUUUCUUAUUUGCUUAUUUGUGGCUGAGGAGAAGUAGAAAAGGAAUGAAGAACAAAUCAGAAAACAGAGUAUUAGAUCCUGUCAGUGGUUCAAUCAACUACAACAAUACUUUAAUGGCAUGGGGGAAUAAUCAUCCCCCAGACAUAACAUCUUUUGGUCUUGGCAUGAUUGUCGCUGCCACUAACAACUUCUCUCCAUCCAACAAACUUGGCCAGGGUGGUUUUGGGGCAGUGUACAAGGUGGAGCUCCAUAUAUGCCAACAAUCUUGGCAUGAUUGUCGCUGCAUGUGUUUCUACGUGCUUGAUUUGGGUCAGCUAUUUAAUGGACAAGAGGUUGCAGUAAAACGAUUAUCUAGAAAUUCAGUGCAAGGAAUAGAGGAAUUUAAAAAUGAAGUCAUGUUGAUUGCAAAGCUUCAACAUAGGAAUCUUGUGAAACUUCUGGGAUGCUGCAUUGAGGGAGGAGAACAAAUGUUAAUUUAUGAAUAUUUGCCAAAUAAAAGUUUGGACUCAUUUCUUUUUGAUCAAACAAGGAGGCCAGAGCUAGAUUGGAGGAAACGCUUCAAUAUUAUAACUGGGGUAGCUCGAGGAAUCUUAUAUCUCCAUCAAGAUUCAAGAUUGAGAGUUAUCCAUAGAGAUUUAAAGAGCAGCAAUAUACUAUUAGAUGCAGAGAUGAAUGCAAAAAUUUCAGAUUUUGGCAUGGCUAGAAUAUUCAAAACUGAUCAAAUUCAAGAGAAGACAAAUAGAGUGGUCGGGACCUAUGGCUAUAUGUCGCCAGAGUAUGCAGUGUUUGGAAAGUUUUCAGUAAAAUCUGAUGUGUUUAGUUUUGGGGUCAUACUGUUGGAAAUUAUAAGUGGCAAGAAAAGCAAUGACUUCGAACAAAAGGAAUUUUUCUUUUGCUUGAUAGGACAUGUGUGGAAGUUAUGGAGAGAAGAUAAAGUAUUGGAGAUAGUUGAUCCAACACUUGAGGGAUCAUAUCCUCCUCAUGAAGUCUUGAGAUGCAUUCAAAUUGGAUUGUUAUGUGUUCAAGAAAAUGCUAUGGACAGGCCAACAAUGUUGGAAGUUGCUCUAAUGUUGGGCAGUGAAACAACUCUUCCUAUGCCAAAACAACCAGCUUACGUUUUUAGAGCAUCUAGCAGCAACGCUAACUCAUUUGAAGUAGGGGAGGAAAGAUCAAGUUCUGUAAAUGAGGUUACAAUCACUACUUUUGUAGCUCGCUGAGGAUUUUGAGACUUUCCAUGUAAAUUUUAAUGAAGAGUUCAGUUGUUCUACAAUAAUUUACAGACAUUUCCAGUCGUAGCUAGCAAACGACUGAACAUGAAUUUCAAUACCCUGUCGUAUAGCAGAAGAUAAUGUAUUGGAGAUAGUUGAUCCAA